GCUUAAAAUGGUGGUCUGUCAAAUUGACUGCACGUAUCUUGUAGGGCGGGGAGUUUCUCGAUCGUUGUGAAUCAGUUUGUUCGCGAUUAAACAAAUAAUAUUUAUAAAAAAAACUGUGUCGUGUCCGCGGUUUCGGCGCUAUAUACGCGCGUGGUGUGUAUGAACCAAACGGUGUAAAUAGAUUUGUAGAGUAAUUGUCAUUGUGUACGACUGUAUUGCAGUUCAAGAUUAAAUGAGACAUGAUGGAAAUUCCUCGUCGGCAACGUCAAAAAAGAAGAAAUCCAAAGUACCUAUGAAGACUACCGGCGCGAUAAAACAGGAGAGAUGCCUUAGGAGUGUGAUGAAAUCUCUACCAGUAACCCGCAAGAGAAAGGGUAAGCAGGAGUUCAGUUUAGAAUCGGCCGCUAAAGACACCAUAGCGGAAACCAUUGCUUUCGUUAUACAAGGCCAACUGACACCAAUAAAGCCAACACCGCUACCCAUUUCCAAGAUAAGAAAGAGCGAGAUCCUGAAACGGGUUCCCAAGCAUCGCUUUUGCAAGUUGCAGAACGAACAAGUUAAGGCGAAAGAGAAUCCAAAAGUUCAAACAAAAACUGCCAAAAAUAAUGUAGGAAUUAAGAAAACUAGUCGUGUGUCACCUCCCACAGGGGGCGACAAAAAUUCCAGUCCCAAAGUGACGAAAAACUUAAAUUCCCUAGUUAAAAAUGUCCCUAAAAAGAUUACUAGAGCUAGAGAAAAGAAGGUUAAGGAACCAGUUCGGGAAAAGGUACUUAAAAAAAAGGUAUUAAGCCCUAAAAAUGAAGUUGUUCAAAACAAAAAGUUAUUAACUCCGAAAAAUGAAGCUGUUCAAAAGAAACUAGCGGUUAAAAACGAACCAUCUAGAAAGCAAAGUAUAAAGAAGACGAAAGAUGCUAGAACAACUAAAAGAAAAUCUGCAAUUACUCUGAAAACGACUCAAGUGGUGAAACCUCGUAGAAAAUGCGUUAAACCGCAAAAUAAACCUAGCCUAGAGAUUGUGCCUCCUGUAACUACCUCAGUUCAAAUCAAGCAAGAAAAGCUUGAUGAAGAAUUGGAUAUUUUUCCAGUUAAAAUUAAGGAAGAAGUCAAGGAUGAAGAGCAAGCGAUUAUCGACAAACCUAAUGUAGAAGUUUCUAAAGAACUUGAGCCUGUAAAGGAAAAAACGCCUGAUGAGAAGUCUCCAAACACCCAGAAAAACAAGAAAACGAAAAAGGCGAUUAUUUUAAGGAAGAAAAAGGCGAUUAUGAAGAAGAAAUUAAGGAACGAAGAAAGGCGGAAAGCCAAGUUGAUUCAGUUUUGGAAUAGUCCGAAAAGACAUAGAGAGGCUUCUUUAAACGCCAUAGCCAAAGUUCAUUGUCUGUAUGAGAACGAAUCCAAAGUCUUGUUCGAGAAAAUGGCAGAAGAAUCUCUGAUUAAACGAGAACCACCUAAAGAAAAUUCCGAUAAAAAUGACGAGGUUCCAAAGAAAAAAGACCCUAAAUCGAAGAAAGCGAAAAGGGAGUCGUACGAAUUGGUCUUCACCGACAGCUCCGAGGAGUCUUCCGAAGAAGAAGCUCCAGUUCAAAGAACCCUACGUGACGUUCCUGGUUUAAGGGCGGUAGGGAAACAUUGGGACAUGCACGAUUCGAUCAGUUCGGAUAAUAAUAGUGACGUGGAACACAGGCGGGUGGUUAAGAAGAAGGUUAAGGUAAAGAAGGAGCCGAUUGUGAAGAAAUCCAUCAACGAUGUUGAGAAAAAGAAGAAAACGGUAAAAGUGCAAAGGCGGCGGAAGAAGCACCAACCGGAAGAGCUGAUGGAUUUGAAGGAUAUGGUGGUGAAGAAACGGAUGGCCAGUUUGAACGCGUCGGCUAUCCUGGCUGCGAGUUACUCGACGGAGAAGAAGGAAACCAAACCAUGCAGAUAUGGCGACUCUUCUGGCGAUGAUGACGACUCUGACUCAUCGGCCGAAGAAUACUUUGCCGCAGCAGAAGAAGAAAUCGACUUGACCAAAAACAUCAAGGAGGAAAUAAAAAAAGACGAAGAUCGGAAAUUGAUCGAGGUGCACACGACUCCUAAUAAAAAAGUUGCGGUCAUUUUGAAUCAAGACACUGACGUAACGAUUACGGGGGUGUACGUGAAUAGUACCACGAGGUCUACCCAUCACGAGGGGUACUGCAGUAUAGCAGGAAUGCAGUACAGAAUCUCCGCCACCAGUCACACGCAGACGGCUGCUACUGCAGUGGCAACCGAAACGUUGCUCCAGUCCACUAGCAGUUCAGAAAAUACAAGCUCAGAUGGACAACCAACCUGCUCCAAAUCGUAUACUCCCCUGGAUGCGUUAUCCAGCAUGCAACCACCUCCGGGUCCGGGGAUACACAGCGGUCCACCAGGUCAUCACAUUCCAUGCACUCCUUUACCGGGUCACCAAAUCGGAUCUCCUCAGCAUAGGCAACCACCACCACCAACACAAAGUUCGUUUUCCUCUCCUCAUCACGCGUUUCAUCCCCCUUCUAGUCAGGGAUCGUCAUCAGGAGAGCAGGGCUAUGUUCAUGGUGAGUCCUUUUCGCCGCCUUAUCCGCAGCAGCAAGCCUUCGGAUACUAUCAGCCUGCCGGACCGUUGAUUACGGUGCCCCACGGGCACGCCCAGCCUCCAGGCCCACAACCUCCGCCCCUGACCAAGAGUGUGCCCCUGUCUGACACAUCACCUUCCUCGGUGACGUCAUCGGUGCACCAGGCCCCACCACCACCUGCUCCCAGUUCAAACAACGGCGAUUCAUCCGAUAAUGAGGUGAUAAUAACUUCUGUUACCGCCGGCACCAAGGAGCCGCCGCCUUCAGCGAGCCACCAGCCGCCAGCGCCGGCGCCCUACCGAUACCACCAGUACUCGCAGUACUCUCCUUAUCCCUAUCCUUCGCAGUACCACUACCCAACACCUCCACCUCCCACUCCGCCGUACGGCCACCAUGAGAUGUGUUAUUCGGCAGCUCCACCUGCCGGAUCCUACGUGCGUCAUCCGAAGUACCCCCCUCCACCACCUAGCACAGCCUACCACAGGUACUCGUACUACCCUCCGCACGGGGGAGACAUCUAUUCUCCACCUGGCGGCCCGUCAGCACAACCUAGUCAACAGGUAGUAACAGCAUCACCGGUCUCCUCCAAUGGAUCUUAUACCUCGGCGCCGUCAGCCGGUCCCCCUCCACCACCCACGAGAAUGGACACGUACCCGCCGCCCCCAGCGCCACCUACCCUCGUGGAAACGUAUCAACCACCUCCCCCUCACUACUACCCUCCCACCUACGGGCUUCCAACGUGCUAUUCGCAUUCACCAACACGACCCAUCUCCUACAUAAACGCUACAUAUCAACCUUGCCCCUGUCCACUGAAUACCUGUCCAAAAAACGGACAUACUGGGCCUCUUACUGGUGAGAGUAAGAGGUCUAACAUCUCCAAAGACGCGAUGCCUUUACCUCCAGUUGCCUUAGCUCUACCAUUGGAACCAGCCAGCGCCACUGGACCGCCCAGCCCGGCCCGAGGGUCGGCGGGGAUGCCUCCCGGCGGCAUGCCUCCACCGCCGUCGCCCGCUGGGGCCAGUUACCACCCGCCACCCGUUGCCGCUCCGAAACAAGAGUCCCAGUCGCCUGAAGCGACAGAGUGCAAGGUGGAACAGAAGCGAAAGGCUCGGGUGGGAAAAGCGAUGGUACGAAGCAACAUGCAGAGUACCAUGCUGCUGAUGUGCAACCCGAAACAGGACUACGUAAAGAGGGAAAUAGAAAGCCCGAAAGACAAAGAAGAACUGCAUAAGAAAGAGGAGGAGAAUGUAAAGGAAAACGAUAAAGGAGUUGCACAAAUACCAGAAGCUUGUCAGACCACAACGUGUACCAACGAGGAAUGUCAGGACUUGGUGCAGGAAGUUAAGUUGAGUCAAACUCCUGAAGUGACGGAAACAGUUAUCGGACCUACAGAAAUUCCCUCUGCGAAAUCGGAUUUUAUAGAAGAAUCACCUACAGUAACUCCUUUAACUGAAACUCCAACACUUGAAGAACCUCUACCUCCAUGUAUAGCCACAGUUGCCGAAAACGUAAAAGUGAAAAACAUGAAGCGAAAGCAAUCCAUGACAAAGGAUCAAGUACCUGAAGUGAUUCUAGAAAAGAAGAAAAAGAUGAGUUCGUACAAGGACUACAUUAAGAAACACACCAACUGCUUUAAAAUCAGUAACGGCAAGAGAAAGCUAGUCAGCAAGGAAGCCAACAAAGUUAGAAUUCCGAAAACUAAACAAAAAACGUCGAUGAAGAAAAAACUGAAUGCCUCCAAAGAACAAACUAAUAACCGGAGGAUAAAAGUGAACAGCAAAAUGCCUUUAACAGAAAACAACGGGUUAACUCAAAAAACUAACAAAAAGGAGAGUAGUAAAAAGAAGGGUUUGAAGAACAUACCGAUUAUCAAAACAGCCGUUAAAGUUUUGGAUAAUCUCAUAGCGAAGAAUAAUAUCGACAAAACCAUAGAAGAAGUGGUCAGUGAAUACAGCAAGGCGGAGGUGGAAGUAAAGGAGAAAGAUGUUAAAAAGGCUGUUAGCAAAAUAAAGCAAGCCAAAUCGGAAUGUAAGAAAAUUGGGACGAUAAGACGAAAAACGGCGACAAAGGGUAAAGAUGAUGUACCAGAAACAGUAAGGGGUAGAAAGUCCUUGAAUUUGCCAAAAUGGUCGAACGGGUGGACUUGGGAGGGAAAACCAUACGACGGCAGAGUGUUCACUAAUAGCGACGAAACUACCGUUGUUAGGAAAUGUUACCCCGCAAUGAAACAUGAGGAUGAAGGUGACCUCAUUAUGCCUGGAGACUGCGUUUUGUUAAAAGCCGGACCAAGAAAAAACGAUCUUCCUUAUGUUGCCAAAAUCGCAGCGCUGUGGGAGAAUCCGGAUGAUGGCGAAAUGAUGAUGUCGUUACUCUGGUACUAUAGGCCCGAACACACUGAACAGGGAAGAUUGCCAGUGGAUCAACCUGACGAAGUGUUCGCAUCUAGGCAUAAAGAUUCAAAUUCUGUGGCGUGUAUUGAUGACAAAUGCUACGUUUUGACAUUUAAUGAGUAUUGCAGGUACAAGAAACACUUUAAGAGGUUAGAAGAAGGGUUGGAAGAUGAAUCUCGAUGCAUCCCCCUCCCCGAAGCUUAUCCUAGGAUCAACAAACAACCCCCCAGUAGCAACAUUUCCCCCGAAAUGGUGUUUUUCUGUCGCAAGGUCUAUGACUUCCGACAAAAGCGGAUCAUGAAAAACCCUGCAUAAACUUUGUAACAACUUAUGCAUAGGACUCGUUAUUUUUUACAUUUAUACAUCCUACUUUUUACACAACUUGUUGCAUUAUUUUAAUCUCAUCAACGCCACCUAUCGACGUGGCUUGUUCGCUUUUAUAGAACCCUGUUUUUUUUCUCUCCCAGACUCAAUCCGAAAUAACUCAUCAAGCAAUAGACUUUUUCAUACUUAACAAGAUUUAAGAUUAAAAAGAAGCAGAAAAAUAGGGACCUUACAAUUUGUAUAGAAGAUAUAUUUAACAUAUGUAUAGAAAUAUUAGAGUUGAUUAUAUAUUUAAAUAUUUAAAAACAAAAAAGUAUAUUUAUAAUAGCGGUUAGAUGCUGGUAUAAAUGGUGUGUGCUUUUAGAGUUGUAGUCGUGUUCUCCGUAAGUGUCAUCUUAAAUAAAAUAAAAAACUUUUUAAUAAAUAACUUAUUACGAUAUAAUAAUAGAGUCAAUUUGGCGGCAGAUAUAUCAUUUAAGCGGCAUUUAAAUAAACUUUUAUACACAAUGACUAAUCAAAAAUAAGGAAAAAAAAAAGAUAAAACUAAUUGGUGAAUCAGUAUUAGUGGAAAUAUUGCACAAUUUUUAUGUCCAGGAGAGGGCAUUGAGUAAAAAUAAAUUAAUCACCUUGUAUAUUAAAAGGAUUUAAAAUUGGUUUGUUGUAUGGUGCCAAAAAGAUCUGAACAAAUGAGAAAAAGUUUUAUUAUUCCUUUAUUUGACUAUACAGGGUCAGUCUUAAAUAAGUGGACUGGUAAAUCUCUAUGAAAGAAACAUAUUUUCUCUUCAUCGUUUUUCAAAUAAGUCCAAAAUAACAGAGUUAUUCAAGUUGAUAUAUUUAAAAAAAAAUUGAGAGCCACCGUCUUCUGUAUUUGCAUGCCUUUUAGUGUUGUAAUACCAUAGAGUAAAAACGUAACGUGAUAGCUCUAAAAAGUUUUCUAAAAUAUACACGAAAAUUUAUAAGAAACUACGAUUUUCAACAUCUUUGUUUUUUUUGGGGAAAAAACCAUAGACGUGUUCCUAGGGUCGAAAUAUCCUCCCCUUAUAUCCCUUAAGAUAAGUUGUUUGAAAACCUAACCCCACUUCUUGCAACAUUAAAGAUGAUCUUUACCCCCGUGACAGUUGUCACAUGACAUAUAUUAAAAAUUACUUUUUUAUGUUGAAGUAAUUCCACAUAAACUUUUAGUAAAUAAAUCGUUUACUACUUUCCCAUUUGUUGGAAACUUUUUGGCACAUCCUGUAUAUACCUCCCUAAAGUUUAUAUGUUUGUAAUGUUUGUGUCUUUGCUAUGAAUUUGUUUGUUAGAAUUGUUUUUAACUAUAUUUUUUGCACAACUAUAGCACAGAAUAACUUAUUCUCUGACUAUAGUAUUUUUGAUUUUUAAAACAUUUUUUAACUGUUUAUACACAAUAUACAAUUUUUGUUAUUUGAGUCUUCUAGUCGACAUUUUAUAGUUUAUUUUUAUGUACAAAACGAGUGUUCUUAGACCAAUUUUUAAAAUCACAAUAAUAUACAGGGUGAACAAUUCAAGAUAAAACUUUUACUGGAUUUUGAAUAGAAAAUUUUAUCAUCACAUAAAAAAAUAAUUCAUUUGAAUUUUGAGAGUGUAUAUGUUAUUAUAGUUAUGUAUCGAAAUUUUAAGACCCUAUUUAUUUUACUUUAUUAGAUAUAUUUUUAAAUUUGGACCAGCGAUAAAAUUAAAGAUCACAUUAAAAAAUCCAGCGCCCUACUGACAUUACACAAGUAACAAUUUCAAAGUAGUGUUAUGAUUUAUUAGUUAAAAUUUAAAAAACAAAUAUUUUGUGUCAAAUAUAGUAUUUUUUUGUAAGUAUUUUGCUACGUAAAUUUUACCAAGAAGCAUUAUUUUGAAGGUGCAUUUAACAAGAAAGUAUAUCCUAAAAUCAAAAUUAUCGAUUCAUUGGUCACAACUUAUGUUUUACAGGGUGUCUAUUAAAUAGGAAAAUAAUGUCAAUUUUUCGAAAAAACUGAAGUAUAAAAUAGUUGGUCGAGUUUGAUUUUUACUUCAAUGUUGUUACAAAAUAUGCGGGACAACAUAAUCUAUGAGUGGUUUUUAAAAUAUGACAAUUUUAUAUUGAAUGUUCUACAGUGAUUUAAAAGCUCUCUGGAAAUUGAAAAAUCACAAAACAAUCUCAAAAGUAUACUUAAAUCAUCCUGUAUAUAUUUAUUAAUAUAUGGAUAAAAUGACAAGUAUUACUGCCCGCAUAUUUUAACAAAAAAAAAACAGUGAAAGUGAUAACGAACUUCACUGAAACACACACUAAAAGUAAAUAUUAACCAAUUUAAUAAACUUGUAACCGAAAAAAAAUAUUGUGUUUUAACAGGCACCCUGUAAAGGACAUCCUGUAAUUGGUAGAUUGUUUAUUAUUAAUCAUAUUGUUUUUGUUUUGCCUUUUUUUAGUUUGUAAGUAUUAAGCGAAAAAUAAAUAAUUAUUCAAUCGAUAGAGUAAUAUAUUCCCUAUGGCUCAUAGCGAGCUAUAAAUGUUAAUUUUAAAUUGUAGCCAAAGUUAUUUUUAUUAAUUUAUUAUGUUUAAAUCUAAUUUUAGUAUGCAAUCUUGGUUAUUUUUGUAAGUUAUUCUGCUCUGUUUACAAAAUAAAUAUAAAACAAACCAAAAAA